CUCAACGGCCAGAUCAACACCACUCCAACGCGUAUCUGGGAUCUCCCCCACCUGCUCCUAACCCCCGGAACCCCAAAGGCGAUCCAUGGCGGCGGCGGGUUGGUUCCGGCGUGCGGCGGCGGCGGCGGCGCCUCGCCUGCCUUCUGGCCUUCCCCUCAUACCGCCUCCUCCCCCUGCCCUUCUCGCGGAGGCGCAGUCACUCGUGGUCCCAGGCCUCGGGGCCGCCGUGGGACCCGCCAUGGAGCUCAUGGCCGUUCCUAAGAAGAAGGUCUCCAAGUACAAGAAGGGCUUGAGGAAUGGACCCAAAGCCCUAAAGCCUGUCCCAGUGAUUGUCCGUUGCAGGUGUUGUGGCCGAGUUAAACUACCUCACUUCUACUGCUGCAGCGGAGAAAGAGGAAACCCCAGUGAAUCAAGCUCAUAAAAUGUUCGGGUUUUCCUCUUUAAUUUGUGCACCAAGCUAUGUCUGAACUCUUGAUAUCGUAAUACCACCAACCAAAGUUCUCACAUCCCGUUUAAUUAUUGUACACUUACUGUAACUUGGAUUUCAUAGUAUCAUUUCAAACUUUUAUCUGCUCUUGGCAAGGGUGGGCACGUUAUUGUAUUACUCCCGAUGUCUUUAGGACCAUUCUGUCAAGCUGCUAUCAGUUUGCCGCCUUUUUCCUGAGGAUUUGUUUGCCUUAUGCUGUAAUCGUCAGAAACUGGAAAAAAUAUUGCCGAUAAUUCACCAUAUUAGAGGGAUCUAGAUGUGAA